GGAUCCGAUCCACGCGGGGCAUCUUGCGGUAUAUCCUGCGGGACUCGCUGUCUCUCUGUGAUCACAUACCGAUUGAUCCAAUAUGGGAGUCGAGCAGAACGGAAAGACUGUGGUGCUGAAGCAUGACUCGGGAGCUUCUGUAGAGGUAUAUCUCUUCGGAGCUACCGUCACGUCUUGGAAAGUCGAUGGAGAGGAGAAAUUCUUUCUCUCGUCCAAAUCCUCACUUGACUCGAGCAAGCCAAUCAGAGGAGGUAUUCCCAUCGUCUUUCCCAUCUUUGGCGCUCCUCCUUCCUCUCCCCCCGAAUACGCAGCCUUGAAACAACAUGGAUUCGCUCGAACUGCCGAUUGGUCCGUUGAUAAAGUCAUCAUGGAUCGACCAGAAGGCGUCUCCGUCCGAUUCGUAGCCCCUCCCCCUCCCUCAGAAUUCAAACACUCUUACAAACUCGCUUUUGUCGUCACGCUCGCCGCGCACCAAUUGUCAACCGAUCUGCACAUCAUCAAUGAAGGCAAGGAAGAGUUCCAAUUCCAAGCGCUACUGCACAACUACCUCGCAGUUCCCGAUGCGAAGAAACUCAGCGUCGAGGGUAUCGACAAGGGAACCCGAUACAAGGACAAGACUCAGAACUUCAAAGAGUUGAUCUGGCCCGGAGAGCCUUUAACCAUUACUCAGGAGACUGAUGCCGUGUUCCAAAAGCUCGAGACGCAAGAACUCAAGUUGGACUACGGUAAUGGCAAGGGACUGAAUGUCCGAUUCCGAGGUUUCGAAGACUGCACAAUCUGGAACCCUCAAGAGAAAGGAAAGACCAUGGCUGAUAUGGAGGACGGCGGAUGGGAGCGAUACAUUUGCAUUGAGCCUGGUUUCGUCAGAGAAUUCAAGUACCUUCAACCAGGCGAAGAGUUCCUAGGUCAACAGGUCUUGACCAUCUUCUAGCCACCUGUCAAUGACUCGAAAACUCGAAAAACGAUGCUCGGAGCAUGAGAUAGCUCCGAUACAAUGCAUGAUGUUCCCUGUACCAAGCUGGAACCUUCCAGACCUUUUUGACG